GUGGACAGUGUGUUGUUGCGUCAGGUUUAAAUUUAGGAAGUGGGUGUAACUUCGCUCACCGUAUGAAUCAAAGAGAAUAACGCCCUAAGCUUAAUCAUGUCACAGAAUACGUCUAGUGCUGAACUCAUUACAUCUCCCUUGGAUAAUGUCUUUAGUUUUUUAGGUGGAUUACCCCAGGGCCACGAGAAAGCUCUAAAGCAAGCUCUGUACAAUGCCCUUGCCCUAUUUUUUCUGUUUGUUUGUUGCAUUGCGGGAGUGGCAUUGUUUUACGUUUUGGAACCUUUUAUCAAACCUUUAAUAUGGGCUCUUUUAUGUGGUUCCGUGCUGCAUCCUUUCAAGUAUUCCUUGUCUACCGCAAUGCAGGGAUGGAUUGAUUCAUUAUCAGCUUCGUCAACGCCAUUGAUAAUUGGCAUUGUUUUAGCACCUAUCAAAAUAGUUGAUAACUUAUCUGAAAUAAUUGGCGAUAUUACUGUUAAAUACAUAAAUUACAUUGUAGGCUUUUUUGCUAGCGUUUCAAUUUUGCUUUUUGUGUACUACUACACUCCAAGUUUUAUGGUAUGUCUGAUGCUUCGUCUUGGAUUCUUUGCUAGUCGAGCAGUUUCUUUUAUUACAGGAUUAGUUAAUCAGUAUGUGGUUUUUGCAGCCAUUGCGGGAUACAUCGUAAUGGUGAAAAUGUCUUGGAAACGGGAGAUAGCACGACAGUUCUGUAUGAUGUCUUAUGGUGUUUGGCUUCUGGUUACGUGCUAUGUCUCGGGAUUUGCUGGUCCAUACAGAGUUGCAGUAUUUUUUACCAUAGUAUUGUUAUUACUUAUGGGUCUGGCUUAUCAAGUAAUAUGUGUGCACAGUGCAGUGAAGUCCAGAGGUCGUGGAGUCUCCAUUGUGGAAGCCAUGAAAUUAGCAUUGGAGAAUGUAACUACAGAAAAGGUACUAGAGAAGGCAGAAAGAGAAGAGAGAGUAGAAACUGAUGAACCUCAGCUCAAGGCUGUGGAAGAAACUGUGGAAGAACUUGAAGAAAAAACUGAAGACUCAAAGAAGGAAUCAACUGAAGUCAAGGCAGAAGAAAUGGAUAUGUAUUCACCAAACCGGGAGCAAGAACAUGUUCGAUUUUCAAAAGUGUCAGAUGUUAAUAAUAUGCGGAUGUUGCGAUACUUAAGAAGACUACAAUUCAGAGAAAGUCAUCCAUUGCAUAUGCAAGAGCAGAAGAAACCUUUCAUCACAAGUCAGACAUAUCUAUGUUUACUAGCCUGGGCUUGUUCUGCACUUAUUGUAUGGAGAUACAUUUCAUUCUUCUCAAUCAUCAUUCCACCCCUGUUCGUCAUCUACCUAGUUAAACGACUUGGUCACUAUUUUGGAGUGUGGGCUAUACUGAAAGACAAUAUAUACAUCCUAUACAGCUCAGUUGAAAACUGGUGCACCGAGCGGCUAAAUGCUCUGUUUCCUGCUCCUGUGAUUGGCCUAUACAAGAUAUUCCUCAGGUGUAAUGAAAAACUUGUGGAAGCGAUUAAAAACCUAAUCGACACUGCUGCAAGCAUUACUGUAAUCCUGGCAUUAAUCAUAUUUUUGUGCUGUACUUCAGUUUUUCUUGCACUUCAGGUAUAUGCAGAAGGUAUAAAUCUGGUCCAAAUAAUGGGUAGUGCUAUCAAUAAUACAUUAGUGAAGAAUUCACAAUUGUCAGAACUCCUUCCUAAAGAUUGGGAACAACAGGUUGAUACUCUGGUGGACAAUGCAUAUGUGUAUGGACGUGAAGGCAUAUCAAAGCUGGUCAAAGGCUGGUUGAAGGAUGUGGAGCCCCAGAAAGAAGCCCAAUUGGAAAGCCAGUUUCUUGAACUGUGGGACAGGACAUACCAGGCAUGGAUGAGCUCUGGAACAGAAGCUUCAUUUGUUGGGCCAACUGUGUCAACUGGGGCAAUUACCAUGUCUUGGGAAAGUGUGAUGGACAGUGUUCAUAAGGUUCCAGAACUUUUCAAUCUUAGUGCACUUUUCACAUUUGCAAAAGAAAACGUAGAAACUUUAAUUACGCUUUUGGAAUCUAUAUGGACAAUACUGAAAGGCAACGUAUCACUUGCGUUCGACUCAUUUACUGCAUUGUUUGCAGUAUUAUUUGGAGGUGGAACAGCUGUUAUAAACUUCUUUGUUAACUUGAUAGUUUUCUUCACAGCACUGUUCUACCUCCUGAGUUCUAGUGGACAGGAGUACAAACCAGUUGAUCUCAUACGGAGCUUCAGCCCAGAUAGUGGCAGUAGGUUUGCUGUUGCACUUGAAGAUGCUGUCGGAAGUGUGUUCAAGGCAUCAUUCAAAAUGGCACUUUUCCAUGGGUUAUGGACUUGGCUCAUCCAUAAUUUAUUUGAAGUCACAGUUGUGUAUAUACCAACUGUAAUAGCAACAAUAUUAGGAGCUGUGCCUUUUCUGGGAACCUAUUGGGCAUCUAUACCAGCAAUUUUUGAUCUCUGGUUCAAUCAAGGACGCCAAAUCAGUGCAGUACUGAUGUUAGUGUGUGAAAUGUUGGUUACUAGUGUGGUUGAUUCAGCAAUAUAUCAGGAGAUAACAGGGACGGGGCACCCAUAUUUAACAGGUCUCUCAGUGGCAGGUGGAAUUUUUUUGAUGGGAGUGGAGGGUGCUAUUGUGGGACCCAUCCUGUUAUGUGGCGUGUUCCUUGCAAUUAAUAUGUCAAGUACGCUAAUGAAUGAAGCGUCAAGUUCUGAUACCCGCCUUUCUGAACAUCUGUGCCACAUUACUGACAUUAGUUCAAUCAGUCAUAUAAGAAGCAAAACUCAGUGAUGCAGUGUACUUGCCACGUGUUGAAGUAGAAUACAGCAACCAAGAUGUACGGCCUAGGAGGACCCUCUGCUUCGUAGUGUCAGUGCACUGAUACUGCAUGAUUACAGUAACUGUAGACACACUCUGACAAAUUAUUUUUAAUUUGUGCAUAACGCUUUAUACAUCCAAGGAAAUGAAGAAUCGUUUAUGUGUUGUUUGCAGUACAUUUUUUGUGCUUUGAACAUCAUCAGCAAAGUAACUUUUGCAAACUGUUGGCUGAACAGCUAGAGGUAACUGUUCUAAGUUAUGAAGCAUAAAUUAUUUUUGUAAAUGAUUGGAAUGAUUACUAUAUCAGUAGUACACCUGUAACACUAUAAUAGUCCACAAAA